AUGCGAUCGUCAGAUGAAGACCCAGAUGGCGUGGCAAUCGACACUCGCUGGCUGAGACCUGGUGACCUCGUGGAGCUUGAAUUCAAGACCAAAGAGACUGAAAGUAUCGUCGCUGUCUUCGUGCGGGCAUCGGGCAUGUUUGGGCAAUUCUUCACCAUGCACGGUCGAUGGGUGUAUCUUCUCGACCGGUGGAUCCAGUACAGCGUUCCGGGCUGGAUAUCAACCGAUCUCAUUGACCCGAUCAUCCCCUAUCUGCCCGAAUCCAAGACUAUUGAAGAAAUCGAAGAGCUGGCCGAGCAAUCCUACACGGAGGACCUUGCCGUACCCCGAAGUGCGGCCGCUCCUCUUAUCAGCAAGAUGGUCCAGUUCCACACGGAAUCGUUGGAAAUGUAUCGCCGCCACGCCAGCGUACUAGACGAUGCUCACAAGAUUCUCUCGCACGACACCGAUCUACGGUACGGAUCGUUGACGUCAGCUGCAACAACGCUACUCAAUGUACCCCGGCAGCAGCUGUCUGAUACUGCUUUGUUCACGGUCCGCAAAGCACUAGCCAGGGCCGGCUUUGGUUUCAACGUGGACGCACGCUCUCAUCGAAUGACGGGCUAUAUUCAGAUCCGUAGCAAACAGCAGGUCAGCAUGGUAUCCCAAGUACGCGGCUGGAUUCGGGACUGGCAAGACGACCUAGCCCGCCGAGUCGCGACUGGAAAGCAAGGAGGCGCGCGAGCUGGCGGAGCCAAUCGCACAUCAGAGACAGCGACCUACAUCUAUAGUUUCCUGGAGAAAGCCAAAGCGAUCGUCAUGAAGAGCCGAGAGGACCGCGAUAUGACUCCUUAUGGCAAUAUCGGACCCAGCAAAAAGCGCUUCCCCAUCACGUCUGAGCAGGGGUCUCUGAAGAUCACUUUGGAAGAGCAGUUCAAUUGGCAAGAUUGGCUCAUUAUCCGGUUCCUGGAGACGUGGGCUUGCGUGAAUGGCUUCCUCGGAUUCCCUCGACUCCAAUCUUUGCCGCCGCUUUUGCUCCAAGCCAUGGGUUUGUACACUCAGAUUCCACUCAGCACGAGUACAGGCAUCCUCUUUCUGCAGGAGAUCGGCACACUCAUGCCCCACGAGAAUCGGGUACGCUUCGAUGAACAUCUUCUCCUGCCCACCAGCCAGCAUUCCAAGCCGCUGCAGCAACUCCAAUCCACGUUGGCCCAGAUGGGAUCUCAGAAGUCGCACCACUUUGCGGAUUCCAUGAAGGAUAUUCGGCACGAUUGGCAAGACUUGCCAGUCUACUGUGUGGACAAAAUUGAUGCUCACGAGAUCGACGACGGCAUCAGCAUCGAGCGAGCGGGCAGUGACCAAUGGUGGGUACACGUGCACAUUGCGAACCCAACGGCCUUCUUCGGACCGGAGCAUCAACUAGCAAGAAUGGCGAGGCAUAUGGGCGAGACUAUUUAUCUCCCCGAACGAGCGCACGCCAUGCUGCCGGCCUGGGUUUCGGAUUACCACUUCUCUCUCGGCAAGGAUCGACCAUGCUUGACCUUCAGUGUCAAAAUGGACCUUGAAGGCAACACCUUGGAUCAGCGGGUUCGAGCGGGAAUAGUGCGCAAUGUAGUGCGCUUGACACCGGAGGAGGUCGGCGAGGCAAUUGGAGCGCAGUCGCAUCCGGAAGACAAGGUUGUGGUAACCAUUGGGGGCGAGGUCCCUGCAAAGCCGCAGAGGAAGAACCCAGUGCAUAGUCUCCCCAGCAGCCACGCCGAGGCAUUGAAGACGCUGUAUCACCUGGCCGACAAGAGAAAGGAAAUCCGCAAACGAGCGGGUGGCAUCUUUUUCGACAUGCAACGGCCCGAUGUGGAAGUGUGGGCGAGUUGGAAGGGCCCCGGGCUUGGAUGGGAGCAUCCAUAUCGGAAGGGUGCUCGGCGAGUGGAAGGCGACCCGAUCAUCCGCGUGACCACGAAGAAGACGGUGAACUGGUUUCAACCCGUAGGCGCAUCUGCCAACGUGCUGGUGCAAGAAUUCAUGCUGCUGGCCUGCGACACGGCGGGCAGCUGGUGCGCGCAGCGCCAGAUCCCCGCCCUUUUCAGAGGCAGCGUAAAGAGGCCAGACACCAUCGAUAGCGCGACAUUUGUCCGGGACGUUUUGGAGCCGGCGGCCAAAGAAUCGAGCGAUGGUAUCCCCCCGCUCCAUCUGGGCAUUGCGCACCUCCAAACCCUGGGAGGCACCACCCUCCAAACCACCCCUUUCCGCCAUCGCUUACUCGGCCUGGACUCGUACUGCAAGGCCACCAGCCCACUGCGCAGAUAUGCCGACAUGAUUCUGCACUGGCAAAUCGAAGCGGGGCUGCGCGAAGAAGCGCGCACAGGCCGAAGCCUCAUCACCAACGACGCCAAAGCCGACCGCAGCUUCCUGCCCUUCAGCCAUCGCAGCUUGAGCGCCAUCAUGCUCGGCCUGCAACCGCGCGAAAGACUCAUCACCAGCGCCAAAGCAGCCGGCCAGAACUUCUGGAUCACCAUGCUGCUCUUCCGCGCUUUCCACUUCAACGAAGGCCCCCUGCCCUUCUACACCAAGGCCUUCCCCACCAACCCCGACGGCACCACCAAACCGCUGAUGCGCGUCUUUCUGUCCUCCGUCGCGCUCAACGAUCGCUUCAGCGUGUCGGGUAUCUGCCUGGACUUGUCCAUCCAGACCACUAUGCUGCGGCCAGAGAGGUGCGGGCUCGAGCCGGCGCAACAUGGGGACGUGUGGGAGUGCGAGAUGGAGGAGGUCAAUGUGUAUCGGAGAGGUGUGACCGCGCGGCCGGUGAGGCUGGCGCAUCGGGAGGAGCGGCAGGUGCCGGAUGAAUAUCGGGUGGGCAACCUGCGGCAUACAAAGAGUCGGGCUCAGCAGUCUUGA